AUGUUGCCCGCUACCCUUAUAACUUUCACUCUAGUAGCUGUUACUGCUGCUCAGCAGAACGUCUUCAAUACAGCGAGCUCUGGAUGCAGUACUGAUGUUCCUGUCUCAUGCGACGAGAACAGCGGCUCAUGCUGUGUCGAGUAUCCUGGCGGCUUAAUCACGCAAACCCAGUUCUGGGAUACUGAUGUGCCAGAUUCUCCCUCUGACUCUUGGACGAUACAUGGUUUGUGGCCCGACAACUGCAAUGGCGGGUUUCAAGAAAACUGCGACAAGAGCCGCGACUACAAGGACAUAACGACACUGCUUACGAACGCGGGUUUGACUGACACUCUAGACUUCAUGAACACGUACUGGAUCAGCGAUGACGAAACGAAUGAGAAGUUUUGGGAGCAUGAGUGGUCGACACAUGGAACAUGCUACAGCACACUCAAACCAACAUGCUUCUCUGACUACAACACUGGUGACGAGGCCGUGCUCUUCUUCCAAACGGCUGUGCGCGUCUUCCAAUCAUUACCGACAUACCAGUGGCUGGCAGACGCAGGGAUCACUCCUGAUAGUGAUCAGACUUACACGCUGGAAGAGCUCACUUCGGCCCUGAAGCAGUCCUCCGGAGUCACGCCAGAGUUUGAAUGCAGUGGAAAGAACAUCAACUCCAUCUUCUGGUACUUCAACUUGAAAGGUUCGCUUUACGACGGCCAACUGGUACCAAUUGAUGCACCCGAGAGUUCGAUACGCGGAGGUAAUUGCGCUUCGAGUGGCCUCAAAUAUCCCCCCAAGCAAAGCGGGUCCGUAAGGGCGGGAAAAGACGAAUUCUGA